AUGGAGCCCUCGCCCAAGGACGGCGAGAGCGCGGCGGCCGCCGAGCCCGGGCGGGGCGGCGCGGCCCCGUCCAGCGGCGUGGUGGUGCAGGUCCGGGAGAAGAAGGGUCCCCUGCGCGCCGCCAUCCCCUACAUGCCCUUCCCCGUGGCCGUCAUCUGCCUCUUCCUCAACACCUUCGUGCCGGGGCUGGGCACGUUCGUGUCGGCCUUCACCGUGCUCUGCGGCGCCCGCACCGACCUUCCCGACCGGCACCGGUGCUGCGUCUUCUGGCUCAACAUCGCCGCCGCCCUCAUCCAGAUCCUCACGGCCAUCGUCAUGGUGGGCUGGAUCAUGAGCAUAUUCUGGGGCAUGGACAUGGUCAUCCUGGCAAGCUACAAGGAGCAGGGGAUCCCACAGCAGCUCUAGUGGCUGGGACAAGUGUGGUCAGAGAAACGCGGUGAGAGAUUUCCUCUGGCAGCCUCUGGGCCACGGACCUUUUCAUUACCCUUUGUCUCUCUUCUUGUCCCUUUGUUUUGUCUCCCUGUGUCUGCCCGUGCCCGUCCAGCGGAGCGGAGAUGCAGAGCGGCCGGCGCAGACUUGCACUGACGCCUCGAGCAGCCGAGAUGAGGCGAGCACGGCUUGGCUUGCACUGGUCCCAGCCCACCAGGAGGACGAGGGUGCCAGGACAAGGACACAACCUUGGCAAAGGUGGCACCUGGGUGGGCAGCUGAACCAAGGCAGGGAGAGAUCCUGCCUUCACUCUGCUCCCAGGGGGAUGUCGCUGAAGAUGUUCUGCCUUCUUUUUGUGCUUGCUGGUUGUGAACAUCAAAUGCCAAGGAGCUGUUCAUAGAUACACGUACAGGAUAUAAAAGCAAACCAGUGGUACUUCCUUCCUGCCCCGAGAGUCCAUCUGUGACUGCUUUGCAGCAUUGGGGGGUCCAACCCAGCCCCCUCUGCUGCCUGUGUAUGUAAGAUGUUCACUGAAGCUCUGUCCCUGCAGAUGUCUUGAGAAACGUGCUUGCUGUAAAUCCUAUUGUACUGCUGAUGUGACCAGGGCCAUCCCCUGCUUCCACCCGCUGCCACCAUGCAAGGACCAGAGCUGCCACCAGCCCAGGGGACACUUUUCCUAGCACAGGACUGGUGUCCUGCAGCACCUCGCCUCUAGGGCAGCAAGUACUGCCCAAAGCCUCUCAUAUAAAACAAUACUGGGGGAGCCAAAGAACUUUUCCUGCCCCUGGAAGGGACUUGCUGGCAGUGUCUCCAUGCUUUGGAAAUGGAUCCCCUCAGAGCACGACGAGUGCUCCUGGCUGAAGCAGCAGCCCAGCUCUGCUUGCCCAGGGUAAAAUUAACCACCCAGCGUUUUCACACCACCUCCUGAAGCACUGCAGAGGGGACAACACCUCCCUCCAUCUCCUGUGGGAGCUGUGACCAGCUGCAAACCAGCACAGCCAGAGGGCACAGCCAGAGCCUCUCCUCUGGUCCCAAGUGCAUGGCCCCCAGCUAUCCCAGCACCAUCAGCUGCUUUGUACAUGUAGAUGUUUGACAUGCGAGUUUUACAGCUAAAGAGUGAUCGUGGGUAAUGAAGAAUAAAUGCAGUUGCUGCACCCCCAUCUGCCAGCAACACAGAAUUUUUCUGCUGCUCCUUUCUGAUUAUGCAGUUUUCUCAAAAACAAAACAAAACAAAACAAAACAAACAAAAACUAACCAACAACCAAAACAAAAAAGGGCUUUAAUGAAAUAGCUUCUUGGUACUUGAACCCAGCUGGGCUGAUUUACUACUCAUUGGAAAGUAACUCCAGGGAGGAACCAAGCCAGUGAGAAAACAGCUUCACCCUGGGUGAGCCCAACCAUUGCACUGCAAGGCACAGCACCAUUUUUCCAAGUUCAUUGGUGAUGCCAAAUCCACAUUUACCAUGGAAAAGGUGCUUUGGCACACACAGCCAUGGGUGAGGAGAGUCAGAUGUGAGAGGGGACUCCAUUUGUGCCACACUCCUGCUGCCCAAGACACAAAGCUACAUGUCCCUCCCUGUGUGCAUUGACUGGCACACAUUUUAUUAAAGACCUUCCAGUGGUGCUGGAAAUUGCCCUUCACUCUUGCUGUGAGUGUUGUGCUGAGCUCUGUGGGCAGGAAGGUGAAGCUCCCAGUCCCAGUAUUCUCCAGAGGGCUGAUUUAUUCCUUGCCUUCUGCUUGUUCUGGGCUGACCCUGCAGCUCACACACAUGCACACGCUCCAGCCAGGAUGCCUUUUAUUGCUGCCCAGCCCAAACUGCAUCCACUGCAAGACACCACCAAGAGUUCCUUGACAUCCAAACCCCAGGCACAAGGAGACCCUGGCUAGGUCUGACAUUCCUCCCAGGUAAAAGCAAUGUCUUCUCCCACAUGCGUGCCAACCACGGUGAGGCAACACAGCCCUGUAUUUCCCAGCUGGCUUUGCUUCAUGCUCACACACACAAUGCACUUUGAAGCAGUGCUGAAAUUUAUUUCCCAAACUGGCACUCAGCAUUCCCAUCCCCCUGUGGGAGCAGCAUGGUGCAAAACCCCAGGACACAGUGGCACCAUCUGAAGCAGGGUUCAUCAGAGUGAAUCCCACCAGAGCUCAUGCUAACCACAACCCAUCCUUCCUCCUCUUGUAUCUGUAUAAAUACCUAAGCCAGGCUAAAAGUCAAGUCCUGCUUCUCUUGCACCCACCCAAGUGGCCAGAGGGAAGCAACAACACCCUGUCCCCACUGCUGGAAUGGUGCAGUGAAUGGGAAGUGAAGGUUUUGUUCAGGCUCUAAGAAUGGCAAAGGCCAGAGCAUCUCAAUCCAUCUUCCAGCCCUGAGAAUGCUUUCAACAGGCAGGUAGAAGGGAAUGGCACAUUUUGGCUUGGGAUCAAAACAGGGGCUCCCCUGUGCCAGCCCUGCUGGAGGUGAUGGCAGUGCUCCCCCAGACACCCAGCAGUGAUCCCACCCUGGCCCACACCCCUCCUGCACCCACCCACCCUGGCACAAGGACUGCUCCCAAGGCUGGGAAGGGGAUUGCUGGCUCAGGUCUGUGUGCUCUGUGGUUCUGGCCAUGCAUGGGGAGCUCAGAUUUUCCACCUUAGCAAGGAGGGAGCAGGGGCCUGCCCACCUGUGCUGUUUGCACCUUGCUGGUGAGCCCACCUUUCCUUUGGGUACUGGAGGCCAGACUGAGGGGUUGCAGAGGACCAUUUGUAUGCUUGUUUAUAUCACUGAGUGUUGGAUUGUGACUUCUUGUGUUUUGAUACUGUGGAUAUUUUUUUUUAAAGUUAAAUAUAUUCUAUUGCUGGACAGCUGGAAUGAAA